AUGAUGUUCGGUCGACCGCAUGCGCUACAGAAGGAGUGGGGCAACAUGUACUUCUAUGAAAAGUUGCACCACCUCGUCGACCACACCUCCAACUUUGUCAUCUCGAAGGUGGACUGGUGGCUGCCCUCCGUUGCAGUGGGGAUCGCGCUUAGUCUUUUCAUUCUCGGCGGCCCAGAGGCCCUGCCACAGGCGGCGUCGAUCAUCCUGCCUUCGGCAACCCCCGCUAUGACUACUCCGCCAUUCGCGUCGCCUGAGGGGCUGCAGAGUGGAGCAGCCCCAGAGGAUGCCGAGGAUUUUUAG